GGGUUGGCUGAGGCAGGAAUGGACUCGUUGAUGAGGUGUCUUACGGACUCCCUUUAGCUCGACCUCCCUUCUUCGCUUCACAUUCUGUCCCGGAAAGCUGACCGGUAGUGUCUGUCGUCCUGCCUAGGGUCUCUGUCUGCGUCGUCGCUGCUACACGUCGGGAGACCAGCCUGUGACGGAGAUAUGGAUAUCAAUUCGCUUCUCUCGCCGCAGGAUUCGGCCGUCCAGUCGGGACAGUCCACGCCGGCAACAAUACCGCUCCCGGUAUCCGCCUCGUCUUCUCAGCCCGCGGCGCUGUCACCGCAUAAGGGUAUUCGGAGAAACCGUUCAGGCUCCAUUCGCCAUGGAGGAAUGACCUCGUCUCCACUUGCGCAGCAUGUCUAUGCGCCAGGUCGAUUGCCAGAGCCGUCACCCCCGACAGCAAGUCCUCCCAGUGGUCCCAACAUGGGGGGCGGAAACGGGACCCCGCCAGCAGGUGAGCUGCCCUCCGCAAGGCAGCCGUCGACUCCUGGGAUGGAUACAUUGGCCGAUCUAGCGUCGAUGCAGCAUCAUCAACCUCAGCGUUCCAAUGCUCCGAUCCUUCGCAGCGAAUCCUAUGAGAGCCAGCUCUCCCCGUCCACCAUGUAUCCUAACGUUAACCCUGUCUCACACAACACAACCUCCGCCCGCACUUUCGAACUUCCCGUGUCGGAAGGUUCUCGAGAGUCCGCCAGGAGGAAUUACGCAGACACUUCCCUCAAUUCUGAUGCUCAACACCUGGCCACUCAACUUUUCGCUCACGUCCAGGAGAACCCUCAUUCCUACGAUUCCCAUGUGCAGUUCAUUCAGCUGUUGCAUAAGGGUUUUGUCGACCAUGUGUAUCCUCCCUCCAACCCGGAUGUCCACGGGGACCCUCGCAAGUACGAUCUCCUCAAGGACUUGAGGACGGCUCGCGAAGAAAUGGACAAACUGUUCGCUAUGGGCGAGGACCUCUGGGCGGAGUGGAUCCAAGACGAAAGUAUGCUGGCACAGACCGUCGAGGAGCGCAUUGCGGUUAUGGAACUGUGCCAGAGAUCGGUCGAGGAAGAGUACGGCAGCACCAAGCUCUGGCAUAUCUAUGGAGAAUGGAUGCUGUACCUAUACAAUUCAGCCUCAGGCGAAUCUAGUCAGAGCUCCUGGAGUGAAGAGGAUCGGCUUGUGGGCCGCGAAGUCUUCAGUUGGCAAUCAGUAGUAGAAGUGUGGCACAGAGGCGCAGAGGCCACCCGAUGGCGGAUCAACGACAGCCAUCUCAUUUGGGACCGUUUCCUGGAGCUGAUGCUGCAGGAUCUCUCCCGCUCCCCCACGCAGGAGAAGAUCAACCAGGUACGGGGCCUCUUCGAUGUCCGUCUACUGACUCCUCACGCUACCUGGGACCAAAGCUUCCAGCUCUUUUCGUCCUUCAUUUCUACCUACUACGGCAGCUCCAACUACGAGGACGUCAUGGCCGACAUGGUCGCAAGAGCCUCUGAAGCGAAGACAAAAUACGCAGCUCGCGAAGAAAUGGAGAUGAAACUCCAGCGGGCCGCAGAGUCGGGCGACAAGACCCUCGAAUGGGCUACGUUCUUGCAGUACAUCGAAUGGGAAGUGACCCGAAACCGUCGAAAACGGUAUUUCAGCUUCGACCUCGCCAACGCCGUGUAUCAACGAGCCGUUCUCCGUUUCCCCACCGACGUCAACCUCUGGGAGGACUAUGUCACGUUCUUGAUCGACGAAUCCAUCCACGGACAGACUGCAGCCUCAGCAAUUUCUACCCUCGACCGGGGCACCAGACAUUGUCCGUGGAGCGGCUCGUUAUGGUCUCAGUAUCUCCUGAGCUCUGAGAGAGAGGGACAGUCGUUCACGAAGAUCGCCGAUAUCAAGCACAAGGCCACCAGCACGGGACUACUCGAUGCCGGAGGCAUGGAGGAAGUCCUUAAAGUGCAUACCACAUGGUGCAGUUAUCUGCGGCGGCGUGCUUUCCUUCCGGAUUCGACCGACGAGGAUCUCGAUGUGGCUGAGGUGGGUAUCCGGUCGGCCAUCGAAAGUGUCCAAGAGCUAGGCGAGAAGAAAUACGGCAAAUCUUACCAGGGAGACCCUCUCUUCCGGCUAGAGCGCAUCUACAUCCGGUACCUCAGUGAAAGUGGUAGCUGGGACAGCGCGCGAGAGACGUUCAAAGGCCUCGUUCCACGUCGUGGAAGCAGCUACGAAUUUUGGCUCACGUACUACGGUUGGGAGCUGAUCUCCUGGAGCAAAUUUGUCCAAGGUGAAGCCACGGCGGACGCUGCCAGAAGGACACCCAACCCCAGCUACGCAACGGCCGUCCUGAAGCAGGCCAUCAAGCGGACCGACCUCGAUUGGCCGGAGAAGAUCAUGACUACGUAUAUCGCCCAUUGCGAAGAUUACGAGGAUUCGGAUGAGCUGCAGCUCGCUGUGGUGGAAACCCGGAAGGCGAUGAAAGCCAUCACGAAGAGACGCGAAAAGGAGGCACUCGAAGCUGCUGCUAAACAACCCGCUCAAGCAGAGCAAGCUCCGCCAGCGGAGGAUGGCGUUCCUGUGGCCAAGAGAAAGCGAGAAGAGGAAGUUGAACUCAAUGGCCUGCCUGCCAAAAAGGCCCGUCCUGAGGAAGCUACCAAGCCUCAAGAGGAGGCCACGCCGCCACCCGUGAAGAGAGACCGUGAGAAUGCAACCGUGUUCGUCGAGAAUUUGCCCAAAGAUGUCUCUGACGUGAAAAUACGCCAGUUCUUCCGUGACUGUGGCAAGAUCAAUAGUCUGAAAGUGCUGGCCGGUCAUGAUGAAUCGGCAUCUGCCAUGGUCGAGUUCGACUCGAAGGAAGAUGCUGCCGUCGCCUUGACUCGUGAUCAGAAGACUCUUGACGGAAAUACCAUCGACGUCCAUCUGGGAAGCGGAGCCACUUUGUUCGUCACUAACUUCCCUCCGACAGCCGACGAAGCCUACAUCCGCAACCUCUUCCAGAAGUACGGAGAGAUUGUGGACGUGCGCUUCCCGUCGCUGAAGUACAACACCCACCGUCGAUUUUGCUACGUGCAAUUCAAGUCACCGAGUGACGCUCAUAGAGCCUCUGAAUUAGACGGUACUACAGUUGAGAAGGAUCUGCGGCUGGUAGCCAGGAUCUCAGACCCAUCUCGAAAACAGGACCGGCAUGGACCUAUGCACGAAGGACGCGAGAUCCACGUAUCGAACCUCGACUGGAAUGCAAGUGAGGAUGACCUGAAGGACCUUUUUUCCGUGUACGGCAAGGUCGAGGUGGCACGUAUCCCAAGGAAAGUCGACGGUGGCAGUAAAGGAUUUGGCUAUGUUGUGUUCGCGACAAAGGAAGAGGCAAAUGCCGCUCUUGAAAUGCAUCAGCGAGAGUUCCGUUCGCGCCCACUACAGGUGAGGCUGUCGACGCCCACCGGGGCCAAGCGCGUGUCCGCUACCAUUGUAUCCCGUGUGAGCCAGUCCAAGUCUCCGUCAGUGGAGCCGAACGGCAACGCAAUGGAACUGUCCUCGGGCGAUGCGGAGCACACAGCGCGCGACCGUGCAGCUCGCACAUUGGGCCUAAUGAACGUUCCAGACACUGUGAAUGAUGCCCGUAUCCGUUCCAUGACGGAGCCGUAUGGGAAACUCAUAAAGGUUGUGCUGCGGCCGGACCAUCAGGGCGCAAUCGUGGAGUAUGCAGAUGUGCAUGCUGCGGGACGCGCUUCACUGGAGCUCGAGGGCAAGGAGAUUGCGCCAGGUAGAAAACUUCAUGUCGGCAGUGUGCCGGAGAUGCUGAAACAGAAAGCUGAGCGAAAGACGGACCGUAUCCAGGUCGGCAAGCAGAAAGAUAACGUGACCGUCAUGUCACAGCCGGCAGCUCCUAUCAAGCGUCCUGUACAGCCCGGUGCCCGAGGCGGACGACGGGGUGGACUGGGUGUCAAGCGUGGUGGUUUUCCAUCCGCACAACGGGGCGAACGUCCUGAGGGAGCUGAUCAGGCCGCAACAGCUGCGGCCGAGUCGAAAUCCGGUGAAAAGACCACGAAGAGCAACGACGACUUCCGCGCAAUGAUUCAGGGUAACGGGCAGUAGCCAUCUUGUCUGGGGUUUUGUCCUGCAUCUGCGGUCGGCGUUUGUCUUUGAUCCUCGGUAUUGCUUUCGUGUCUCCGACCGGUGAUAUACCAUACGACCUUGUUUCACUACUUUU